UUAUUUUAUUUACAUAUAUCAUUAUGUAGAACAGAAAAUAUUGUAUUAAUUAUUGCUGACGAUUUAGAUUUAGUUCUCGAUGGGAUGACACCGAUGAACAAUACGUUAAAUCUUAUUGGAAGUAAAGGUGCAACAUUUGUUAAUCAUUUUGUAGCAUCUCCAAUCUGUUGUCCUAACAGAGCUUCCAUUCUAACUGGUAGAUAUCAACAUAAUCAUUUAACAGUAAAUAAUUCUAUUUCCGGAGGUUGUAGCAGUAUUGAAUGGCAAGAUAAACAGGAACCUAAUACUUUUGCAGCAUAUUUAAAAAAUGAAAUGAAUUAUGUUACAUUUUAUGCUGGAAAAUAUUUGAAUAAGUAUGGUAGUAAAAGCGUUGGUGGAAUCAAACAUAUUCCACCAGGUUGGGAUUGGUGGGCAGGGCUUGUUGGAAAUUCUAAGUAUUAUGAUUAUACUUUGUCCAUUAAUGGUACAAGAAAACGAUAUGGUGAUAAACCUGAGGAUUACCUCACAGAUGUGAUAAAUGAUAUAGCCAUGGAAUUUUUAAAUCAAUAUAAUUCUAACAAUAAUCCUUUCCUAAUGGUAUUGUCACCUCCUGCACCUCAUGCACCUUUUACACCAGCUAUAAGGCAUAUCGAUAAGUACAGAGAUAUCAAAGCGAAGAGAACACCAAAUUUUAAUACUUUCACUCAAACAGAUAAACAUUGGUUGGUCAGAAGAGGACCUUCACCUCUUCCAUUGAAAAUCUUACCUAAAUUAGAUGAAAUUUAUAGACGAAGAUGGGAAAGUCUUUUAGCUGUUGAUGAACUUGUUAAAAAUGUCUACAAUAUGUUAGAACAGAAAAAUCUUUUAAAUGAUACAUAUAUUAUUUUUACGUCAGAUAACGGAUAUCAUAUUGGACAAUUUAGUAUGCCAAUGGAUAAACGUCAAUUGUAUGAAACUGAUAUAAGAAUUCCAUUAUUGAUUAGUGGUCCUGGAAUUCCUCACUCGACAAUAACUGCACCAAUUAGUAGUGUAGAUAUAUUUCCUACGAUCUUACAGAUAGCUGGCUUAGAAUAUCCUUCGGAUGGAACAUCUUUUUUAAACAAAAAAUUAUCAAACGAUAGAACAGUUUUAAUAGAAUAUAGGGGAGAAAAAUCUAAUCAUAAACCAAAUUCCGGAUGUCCUAGUGACAAUGAUUUAAAUCUCGCUCUUUGUAGUCAAGAAUAUGCUUGUAAAUGCGAGGAUGUUGGAAAUAAUACUUAUAGUUGUAUUAGACGUGUUUCUCCACUACAUGAUAAUAUUUUUUGCAUAUUUGAAGACAAUGAGGGAUACAUUGAGGCUUAUGAUCUAAAAAAGGACAAUUAUCAAAUGAAUAACAUCGGUUAUAGUAUGAAACGUUAUCAUAGGUAUAAAUUUAGGAAACGUCUUAAGAAGAUGGUUUCUUGUCAGAACAAUGAAUGCAUUUUUACAAACUUAGGAAAUACAUAUUAUUAAUCAUAUAUAUAGAUC